GAGAUUUUUGAAUAGGGAAGAUGGCAGCCGCGGCAGUGGUGGAGUUUCAGAGAGCUCAGUCUCUCAUCAGCACAGACAGAAACGCUUCCAUUGACAUUUUUCAUUCGAUAGUGAGACGAGAUGUCCAGGAAGAUGAUGAAGAGGCGGUGCGUGUCAAGGAGCAGAGUAUCCUGGAGCUGGGCAGUCUAUUGGCCAAGACGGGACAAGCAGCAGAGCUUGGAGGGCUGCUGAAGUUUGUGAGACCUUUCCUGAUCUCCAUAAGUAAGGCCAAGGCAGCACGGUUGGUUCGUUCACUGCUGGAUCUAUUUCUGGACAUGGAGGCCGCCACGGGCCAGGAGGUCGAACUGUGUCUGGAAUGCAUCGAAUGGGCUAAAGCAGAGAAGAGAACCUUCCUCAGACAGGCCCUGGAGGCUCGGCUCAUUUCACUCUAUUUUGACACCAAGAGAUAUCAGGAAGCCCUUCAGCUAGAGUCGCAGCUGCUGCAGGAGCUGAAGAAGAUGGAUGAUAAAGCUCUACUGGUGGAAGUCCAGCUGCUGGAGAGUAAAACCUACCAUGCUCUCAGUAACCUUCCCAAAGCCAGGGCUGCCCUCACCUCAGCCAGGACCACCGCCAAUGCCAUUUACUGUCCCCCAAAACUCCAGGCAGCACUUGAUAUGCAGUCAGGUAUCAUCCAUGCAGCUGAGGAAAAAGAUUGGAAAACUGCCUAUUCUUACUUCUUUGAGGCUUUUGAGGGCUACGACUCCAUCGACAGCCCCCGGGCCAUCACUGCACUGAAAUACAUGCUGCUCUGUAAGAUCAUGCUCAACUUACCAGAAGAGGUACAGGCUUUGAUCAGCGGCAAACUUGGCCUGCGAUAUACAGGGAGACAGACUGAUGCACUGAAAUGUAUAGCACAAGCCAGCAAGAACAGAUCAUUAGCAGAUUUUGAAAAGGCCCUGACAGAGUACACUCACGAGCUGAGGGACGACCCCAUCAUUAACACACAUUUGGCCAAGCUUUAUGACAAUUUGCUGGAACAGAACCUCAUUCGGGUCAUUGAGCCCUUUUCCAGAGUACAGAUAACACAUAUAGCAGGUCUCAUCAAGCUCUCAAAGAAUGACGUUGAGAGGAAACUGUCACAAAUGAUCCUGGACAAAAAGUUUCAUGGCAUCCUCGACCAAGGUGAAGGAGUGCUCAUCAUAUUCGAGGAGCCCCCUGUGGACAAGACUUACGAGGCAGCUCUAGAAACCAUACAGAACAUGAGCAAAGUUGUGGAUUCACUGUACAACAAGGCUAAGAAGUUAACAUAGAAGAAACGCCAGAAGUUGCUGCUGUGUGAAAUGGUUGUAUGUUUGCGAGUUUGCUUGCUUGUGCGUGCGUGUGUGUGUGUGUGUGGUUGUGAAUGGCCGACAUGUGGAACUUUUUUCUCACAGCAAAAAGGGACAACAUUGAGCAAGAUCUACUUGUUCCCCCAGUUGAGAGUUUUUAAUGUUUCUUUUUUCUUUCAAAAAGGACAAUUACAUCUUUCAGAUAUAUUUUCGUUUGGUUUGUUCUUCUCUGUAUCUCUCAGCGGCCAACACAGGCCAUCAGGGAAUGUUGUACAACUACAAUAAAAUCCGAAAAAAUGUCAUGUAGAAAUGUAUAGCUCUUCUACAUUUAAAAGUUUUUUAAUUACAGCAACUUUGUGAUACAGACCCUUGGGUUUCGGUUAUCUGCGGUUCACCGGUUGUUUGCAGUAGUGCAUAUCUUUUGUUUUCUUCUGGUUUUUCUUAUUCUAUAGAUGCACAUUCUGUCAGAUUGUUAUAGGUAAGAGAUUGAAAGGAACUAUUCGAUCGAGGAGGCUCUGUAAUAAGCACAGUUGCCAAUCAUAUUACCACGCAAGUUAGGAAAUUGUUUUCUAAUAUUGUUUGAUCAUGAGUAUUGUUUGCCGUUUACUUUUGCAGUAAACCGUCUUUACAAUUUUUGUAUUUACAGUGUACUGUUUGCCAAGUCGGGUGGUUAUAUUAAAUGGCCCAAUCCUAUAUAAAGACUUGAUUAAAAAAAAACAAAAAACUUCCCAAUAACACACAUUUAUGUCUGCACUGAAAUUGAUUCUGUUUUUUUUCUUCAGUAUCUCAAUGCAAACUCAAGCAAUAGGCCAUUACUUAAGUUAAAGUUAUUUUAACUUCAUGUUUUGUACAUUUAAAAAUAAAAAAAAUCUCAUUAAUUUCUUGUAAAUGUAUACAUCCACGCGUUCUUCACAAAAUAUUCAGUUCUCAUGUUUUUCUGUUUAGUGUGCAAUGACAAAUAUUCAAUAACAAGAAGGAAAGUGUGGGAGAAUUGUGUUUUAAAUGGCUUUCUGAAGUCCAGUGUUGAUUUGAGAGCUUUCUGCAUGUGAUUGUGUUUUGAUUUUGUAGUGGAGAUUUAGCAUUGAUCCUUCAAGAAUUUAGUGAGAUGUUAAACAAUUUGGGAAGUAAUGUUUUUGUGCCUGACAUCAAAAAUUGGUGGUCCACAAAAGUCCAAAAGCUCCAAAAUUCUCCGGUAUGUAAAUCUUGGUGUGGGCAGAUUUAAGUAUAAGGAAAAACUGCUUUGUUUUAUUUUUGUAUGCGUUGGCCUGUUCACUAAUUAAAGUGUUUUGAUUACAUUUACUGGAUUCAAGGUAAAUGAUCUUUAA